CAACGGAAAGCUGGCUAACCAGGUAAGAUUAAAAAAAUUCUCACGCGUACAAACACACGAAGGGCUUCAUUUAUCAACAACCUCUAAAUAUGCACAACAAUUUGUAGGCCGUGCCACACGUGCAUUUCCAUAUCAUCCCCAAGCCAACCGAGGAGCAAGGUCUGGGUCUUCGCUGGAAACCAAUUGGUAUGAAGAUGGAUAAAGUCAAGGAGCUCUAUGAAGAGGUCAAGAAAGAUUUGUAAUUUGCCAUAUAGCGUAAAAGUCUCCGAACAAAGUUCAUAUUCUUCCUCAACCGAUUCGUUUUUCUCGUUUUAUUUUUCUUUUGUUUUUCUUUUGCUUUUUUCUAUUAACAGUUCAUACUCUGCGCAAUAAUGCUAAUGAUGAUGCUAUCAAACAUAUCGAGACAAACAUUAUCACGUCGACCCGUCACGGCAUCAUCAAUGCCUAGAAGAAUAUUUCAAUAUCAUCAGCAGCUACCACCAUCACAAAGACUGCAACCGGGUCCGCUUAUCCCUCGCCCUACACAACCUCAGUCAGUACUUAUAACGACCCGAAACUUUUCAAUAUGGCGCAUUCCCUUCUACUGGGCUACAGCAACUAAAGCGAAACGACGCGUGGCAUUACUUGGGAGUUUAUCAGGCCUUACAAUGAUCGGCGCAGUGCUCGGUCCCGCAUUCUGGUUAGUGCUUGGUGGUGUAGGCACAAUAGUGACAUGGCGGAUCUGGCAGCAAACAAAGCGAUGGUGGCAGCUUCUCAAUCCAAGCGAGCAGAUGGUCGCUUCAUUAGCAAAGCAAGGAGGUGAAGGACUGAUGCAGCUUCUGCGACGUCAGGUGGGCAGCCAUCAAGCAGCGGAAGAGGUGCAGCGGCAAGCCAUCAACAAACUUAUCCAGUGGGCACGAACAGACCAAGGCCGUCGGGUACUAGUGGAUGAGCUUAAUGUGGCUCAUGUCGACGACAUUACGUUCUAUCCGCCGCAUUCAUGCUCCUUAUCGUCCCAGACUGUUGUGACAAACGGUAAGGAGUCAUCCGGUCAAAAAGUCCACGUCGAGUUUUGGGCAGAGGCAGACCGAUCGGUGCAUCCACGAAGUGGCAGCUGCUGCAUAUAUGCCGAUGCCAUUACAGAUGGCUCUGGAAACAUUCAAAUGAAGGAUAUUCGAUUGGCUGCACCUGGUUGGCAUGCAGAUGAACAUAUUCCUCUCGAUCAACCAAAAUCAGAGAACGUGAUCGAGGGCGCGUUUCGAGAUGUUUAGCAUGAAUUAUUUUAUGUCCCGAAAAAUAUAAACCUUCCCUUAUUUUUCGUG